AUGGCGGAUAGAGAGAUGGGAUCAGAGCUAGAUUUAAGUCGCGGUAGUUUGUACACUUUGCAGCCGUAUUUAAUAAACAAACCGGGAAUUAAAAUAUUGAAUUUGAGCGUGAAUAUGCUGAAGUCACUUCCGAUAGAACUCGGUGACAAGCAGGAUAUGGAAGUUUUCAAAUGCAGCAACAACCAGUUUAAAGAAUUCCCCAUCGUUCUGUGCAAAUUGGUUAGACUCGAAACGCUGGAUCUAGCAGGGAACAUGUUACGAGAUCUUCCCAGACGCGUAGGGGACUUGACUAAAUUGACUAAAGUGUCUCUUGGCUGGAAUAAUUUCAAACAAUUUCCCGUCGAAAUUUGCCAAGCCAGCGCCCUCACCGAGCUACACCUAUCCAACAACCGCAUUACUACCGUUUCUGAACAAAUCUCGAAUCUCCGUCAGUUAAAAAUUUUCGACAUCAGCCACAACAAAAUAAAAACAUUGCCUUCUUUCAUCGGCGACCUGAUCAGCCUGACGUCACUGAAUGUCAGCAACAACGACAUCGCAAAUCUCCCGGAUGAUAUAUGCAAAUUGCAAAGUCUGAAGACCAUGAAGGCAACGACCAAUCACAUCACUGCUCUGCCGCAUCACUUCGGUGCGUCGCUUCACCAGCUGACGUUGUUGAACGUUGAGGGCAACCCUCUGGAAGAUCCACCGAUUGAUAUCUGCCAGCAAGGUAUUGCAGCUAUAAAAACAUACCAAGAUGAGAAAUGGGGGCCAUUAUAUGACGAAGUUACUGACGAAAAUCAAGAACCAGAAAUCGGUGUUCAUCGUACAGAAACAAAUAGAGUGUCGAAUACCAUGGUAACUUUUCGCAAAGAUGACGAUAUAAAUAAUAAUGCUGGGCCCACAAAACAACGAAAACUCUCAUUAUCAUCGACUAGACUAUGUGAUCGGCGAUUAAUUGAUGAUUAUGCACUAAACUUGGACCUCUCACAAGACGGCAUAUUUAAUUUCAUCAUCAAACCAGAUGCCGAAAAAACGAAAUCAGUUACCUUGUCCGACAAUAUGAAGUUCGAAAUCCCACCAAAUGCCGUCAAUGAAGAAGUCACCAUUACCACAGAAGUCGUGGACGCCCCUCCGUGUCCUGUUGCACUGGGAGAUCACGAGUUUGUUGUGACGGACUUUCUGGAACUCAGUCCCGAUGGACUCCGAUUCCAAGAGCCAAUUAUUUUCACGCUGAAAUACCCCGACGAAUUGAAGAUGGACAAGACGCGAGAAAUUGUUGUCCGAACAACUAAUGGAAAUGGAACAUGGAGUGAUCUCAAAACGUGGCAGGAAGGUGAUGUUAUAAAGGCUGAGGUCGAACAUUUUUCAGGACUAUUAGCUGUAUCCAAACCGAGAGUGCAUUCAUUCAUUUUACCAAAUAUUGGAGAUAUCAGCGUCUCUUGCGUCGAUGAUGACAUUUCAGUCGAUUUGAAAGCACCGCGAGAUACUGAAACUAUCAAUAUUUCAAUGGAGCUUCAAAAAAUAGAAAGAGACAUCUUAUUGCGUGCUUGUGAGCUCGUCGACGGAUACCAAGAUGACGACGUCGCCAUGGGGAAUAUACUGAAGCUGCACCAAGUCAACGGGACAUCAUCUAAACCAAUCACUCUCAGUUUGCAGGUGCCAGAACUAUCUGAACCCUGCGAUGUGACUGGCCAGACAGGCCGAAACAAAGGUUCAGUUAAAGUGAUUAUGGAUCACAAUGAUGAUAAUUGGUGUGACGUCACGGAUGACGUCAUUUACGGCGUUGAUGGAGGCAAAAGUAUAACCUUCAAACACAAAUUACCGAGGUCGACGUGUCGUUACACAACAAUUAUUGCCGACCCUGAGGUCAAUGUGUUGGCUAUUGCCCAGAGGGCGACAUCAAUGGCCAGAAAACGGUCGAAAAUUGUGAACAUGGUUCUUCUGCAGAAUGUCAGAAACCCCCAUAUUCUUUACGUCGACUGUGUUGUCAAGGAGAAGUUUGAAUCUCUGUUUUCUAGAUUACUGCAGAUCGGGUACGAGACGAGAGGCAUGCAUCCCAACACUCGUGAUAUCGACUUACCAGAGGGGGAGAAAAUCGCCCUAGAUAUAGGGGGCGAACACAUCAGUGAACAGCGAUCUAAAGAUAACAACCUCACUUUCUAUUCACGGAGAGACAACCACGUGAAGGUACACGUUUCCCUUGGCAACAGCGCAUGCGCAGCCAAUAUUGCACCCGGCAAUGACUGCGUCGGUCACGUGCAUUUUGUGAAAGCAGAUGGGCACACGUUUCAUGUGCAAAACAGACGAAACAGCGCCACCAGGAUUGACACGCUGUAUUUCGGAGUGCCAAAGCCGGAGGUUUUUCGACCAAGUGGUCUGAGUCCAAUUUCCGCCGGAAUACGUACAAACCGGGAUAACAUUAAAGGUGAUGUAGAUAUCGCCGUUGAUAUCCUUUCAUCCGGGUUACUGGGACGAGAUUGGAAGAGAUUGGCGAGAAGACUCGGAUUAUCUGACCCGGAGAUUGAUAUAUUAGAAAGUGAUCACUCGCGCGACACGAGAGAACAGAUACAUCAAAUGUUUCAGAAAUGGCGGCAAAAGAAUGGAAACAAAGCGACAGUGAAUAUGUUGUUAGACGCGCUGGAAGAAGAAGAGAUACGUAACCUUGCACAUGAAAUAAAGAAACGCCUUGGUCUAAACAGAUCAACCAACCCCCGAAAAGUGAAGCCAUCCAAUUUACCAAGACCGAAGACUUCAAAACGGGUAUCGCCAUCUCCUCUUUCACUUCCUCGAUCAAGCACCUUCAUUUUCCCAAGAGGCAACGACCAAACAGCGGAUAUGUUGAAUCCACACAAAAGCACAACUGAGAGAAAACAGCUACGUUUACCAACUGUCGUUGAAAUGGCGAAAUCACUGGACCUAACCAGGAGAGAUCACUAUUAUACCAAUACGCUCUCUACAGCCACACCGUUAGCUCUUAACCCGUUGCCCAAAGCUAACGCAGCAAGGCAGACACGACGGAACAGUAGAAAACUUGGAGACAUCUACCAGCAAUGA